AUGAAAUACAAAACAAUUAUCUCGCUCAGUGUAUGCGAGUUGGUGGCCGGACAUAUAAAAUUACUUUAUUACAAUGAGAUCUUGAAAAAAUUUAACCACACGAAAUUAUGCAGGCUUAGGAAGAAUCUAAAUUUGUCAAUGGUGGAAUAUUUAAGAUAUCUUAUUACGAAAUAUAUUAUACAGAGAAGACCGCGCAAGUGCUCUGUAAAAUACAAAUGUAUUUUUCGACAAAAGAGAAAAAUAUUUACAUUGUACUGA